UGGCUGCAAGAUUUCAUAAGAGAGAGAGAAGCAGAGAGAAAGAACGAGAACUGUGCUGUGGGAAAGCAGGUGUGAUUCAUGAAUAAACUGUAGUUUGCAGCCCUAUGGGAUACUGAUGCAACAAAUAGAAUUUUCACAGACAUGGAUAAUACAAGAACUCAAGACACUUUUUCACAGUUAAGCCAGGAAAAAAUCCUCAAAAUUAUGAACAUGGUGAAAAAUAAAGAAGUGAGCAUUGAAGGAGCUCUGCAUUUGGCACAGAAAGAGGUGUACGCUGAAAAGGAUUCACAUGAUUUGCUAACUGGCUCACAGUUUAACUUCAGUAUCUACAAAUACAAACACUACAGGUGGCAGAAACGCAUUUUACAGAUUGAUUUCAACACAAAGACCAUUUUUAACAUUGAAAAAGGAAUUAUUAAGAAACAGUUCCCUUUCUCACAAGUCAAAGCCUGUGAAGAUACUGAAAGGAGGCGCUUCAGCAUUGUGUUUCAUGGGCGGCAAGAUUAUGAGCUGGAAGCAGUGUCUCUUGAUGAUAAAAGGAAGAUAACAUACCUUCUGAGCAGAGUAAUACAAAGCAAUUUGUACAAGAGACCAGCAGAGACCUGCUCUGGAAGACCUGCAGAAUGUGAUGUGAUACAUGAAGGAUUACUGGAUUUGCAGCAAAACACUUCUACAUCCACGGAAUGGGUGAAAUACUUGGUACAACUACGGGAAGGAGAAUUGACUUUAUAUUGCAUAGGCUUGGGAAGAAAGAACAUGACUGCAGACCCUGUAACAAAUACAAUCGAUUUGUCAGGUGGUAAUGUGAGUGUCAGCAAGGAGAAUGGAUGCAGUACCUUUUCAAUCCAGACCAAAGAACACAAUUAUGUGUUUCGAAUACCCUUUACUGUCCAAAAUAACAGGCCAGAGGGUGUUAGCAAGCUCCAGAAUGAAUGGGUGUCACUCAUAGAAAGGUACUGUCAGCUGUGCAAGGAUGCCUCACUGCCUCCGAAGGGAUCUCAAGGAUGCUCCUCCUCUGAAGCUGAUUACGAGGAUUUUACUGUACCUCUGAAUGAACAGAAAGAGGAGGCCCUCUAUGUUGGUGUGACUUCUACACCAACUAGCCUGAACAUGUCUUCAAGCCCCCAAACAAAGCCUGCUGAAGGGGAAGAAGCCCUAGCAUCACCAUCUCUUCCACUCUCCAUAAGUAAGGCAGAGGUACCGCCGGCCCCACCUGCAUUCCUGCAGCCCUACAGCCUUUCUCCAUUGACAAAGAGAACCAAAGCCUUUCACUGGGAUGUUGUUCCUUGCGAUAAGAUUCAGAAAUCUGUCUGGGGAUCAUGCGACCUGAGCAAGAAAAAAAUAGAUGUACCUAGACUCUGUGAUCAAUUCCAGAUUCAGGACACGGCAGUAUUUUUGGGCAAUGAACCUUCAGUGAAUCAGCAUAUCAUGUUAGAUCGAAAAGUUGCACAUAACUUCAAUAUUUUUCUUAAAAGUUUCCGUAUAAAACCAAGUGAGCUGAAAGAAAAACUAUACAUUAUACAUGAAGAGAGUGGUGGACUUACAGAUGAGCAGAUUACAGCACUAAGAAGAUACUUGCCAACACCAAAAGAUGCAGAAAGGUACCAGUCAUUCAAGGGGUCUCCUUCAGAGCUGCAUGUGGUUGAUCAGUUCAUGCUAGAGAUGUGCAAAAUCCCCCACUUGGGCCAGAGGUUGGAUCUCCUUCUCACCAUACGUGAGCUCCCCCAGAGUAUGAGAGAUUUGGAACCUCUAAUAAACCAGAAAAUCCAAGCAAGUAAGCAGCUGCAAUCCAGCCAGAAAUUUGUUGCUGUCUUGGAAUACAUUUUAGCCAUCGGGAACCAUUUGAAUGAAAAGGCUGGAAAACAGAAGGCUAAAGGAUUUAGAUUGUCAUCUUUGACCAAAUUACCUCUGUUGCGGGGUAAGGACAGGACGUUCACCUUGCUUCAUGCCCUUGUGGAACAGAUCUUCUUACAUGAGCCUGAUUUGGCUAAAUUUUCUCAGGAGUUGACAGAAUUUGAAGCUGUUUCUGAUGCUUCUGUGAAAGGCCUCAGUGCUGAAGUUGAUGUUUUAAGAAAAGAAUUGGAAAACAUUAUUCAGUGCAGGCGACUUAUUAAACCCAAGACAAGCAAGGCAACACCCCAGGAGUCACAGUUCUGCAAGGAACUGAAGGAUUUAAUUCAAAAAUAUGAAGGGGAUCUAUCCCAGCUGUCAAAAAGAUGUGAUGAAAUGAAGAAGCUUUAUAGCAACAUACUGGUAAAAUUUGGGGAGCCUCAAGACCUAGACUCUGAGGAACUAUUUGGAUGGAUAUCUUCAUUCAUUAGUGAGUUUAGGAAGGCCUGUGCUGAAGUCAUGCCAUAAGGACAACAGAAAUCUUAUACAGAGGUGAGGGAAAGAGAAGUUCAGGAAAAACAUUUAAGUUAAUUGGUUUAAAAGCUUCUGUACCGAUAAGUAGCACAUGGACAAUACAUAGGCUGUACAGCAGUAUAUCUUCAUUUUAUUCAAUUUAAAAUGUGUAAGUUGUAAGUGGCGUUUGACUUGUAGGAUCACAGAUCACUUACAAAGCCUCUUCUUCAUUUUUUUCUGACACGUGCUUUUAUAUCUUGAGGUGCCUCUUUAUUUAGAAAGGAGACGUUUUUGACAUUUUAUUAUUUCUUUUUAAUAUUUUCCUUUGAUAUCCAGUCUUCCGACUCAGUUUUAACUAUUGCUUUCAAUGAAUAAGAUUCUGUGUGGGGAUCUAAUUUUUAGUUAUUUCUAUUGUAGUUUUAUAAAUAAUACUUUACAGGUUUUCAAAUGGAACGGGAAGUUGUUACUCAGAGGAGAAUAUUUAGGAAAAAUUCUUGUUUGUCUUUCUGCUACUAAAGCAUUGUAGCUUUAGUCUGUAAUGAAGAAAGUGUCUGGUUGGGUGGUUUGGUUUUUUUCCCCCUCCAGAGUAGUGCAAUAAAAUGUGCUUUUUAUGGCUAAUAUCAUGUAUUCAGGUGAAAUACCGUAGAAGUGAAUCAAUAUGUGAGAUUUGCAAUGGGAAGAAGAGAAAAAUAUCAGAGAAGCAGAAUAAAAACAUGUCGUGAGGCAUCUAAGUAAUGGAUGCUGGAGGUAAUUAUCCAUGGUUUUCAAAAGAGAAAAUACUUCUGUUGUAUUUGUUGGCUUUUACAUAUUUUUAAUUAGAAUAAUUAUCUGGAGCUCAAAUAUGCAAGAAGAAAAGGAGGACUAUGAAUGCAAAGACAAAAUGGGUGUAUUUAACAGUUCUAAAAGGUCAUCGAUAAAAUUUGGUAUUUUCUCUACCAGUUUUGCAAACAGUGUUGUUUGAGAAGAAGUGUUUUACCUGACUUAGUUUAGGACUGACUGCUCAGGUCUCACAGUGUUUGGGCUUUGAUAGAAAUACUGUACAGUCUCCCCGCCCUCAGUGCUAAAAGGAGCCAGGGCUAACUCACUCUCUGAAAGGUUUCAAUGCACUUAGAUCUAAAAAUCACUUUAUCACAACCCUCCCUCAGCUGGCAUACAGAAUUUCUUUAUGCCCAGCAUUUAAUUUGCUGUUCUGGAUGCGACCACUGCUGAACAUCUGUGUAUUUAGAGAAAGGUCCAGUAAAGAGCCCGGGCACCCCCAGCUCGGUGCUGCACUACCGAGAUUUUUUGUGCUGCUCAUGUCAGGCACAAAAGGGCUAUCAGCAGGAAUACAGAAACACUUGGACACGGUAUGGAAAGCAGAAUUAAAAGAAGUCCAAGGGUUUUUUUUUUUUUUCUCCUGUCUUGGCUUCAGGACUUUAAAGGGCAACUGCAGUCUGGCGUUCUGGAGAGCUUAGGGCUUUUGCUUCUGAUAUGCCAUGACUCUCAUUGCACCCUUAUGUGAAAAGGCAGAAAAGCAUUCCUGCAACUAAUGCGUCCAUCACAAAAGGCAAGGGCAUCACUUCACACCAGCCUCCAUCAAUCUGCCGAGGGAAGGGGAUGCAGCUGAAUCCCUGUGCUCCACGGGUGCUCCUGUUUGGAAGUCAAAUCUGCUCCUGAGGACAGGUGCACACAAUUUUUUUUUCAAAGAAACGAGCAGGGAUCAUAAAUGCUGUUUUAAAAUGAUGGUUCCCACCUCUAUUGUGAGGAGCCACUGAGGAAGUGGAAUCCUUCCCUGAAGGAUUCAAAUCCUUCUAAUCCUCCUCCUAGAGGACUGUUCUGGCCAAAAGAUGUGCUAAACAGGCAGCAUCUCAUUCCUGGUCAGUGAGCAAUAAUGCUAGGGAAAUGUCUUUAACAGCGGGCAUCAGGUGCUGAGCAAGUGUGCUGAGGAGCAAAGAAACAACCACUCUUCCAGCUUUGUGAGGACUAAACCUGACACCAGCUGUGAAUGCCAGUGGGACUCACUACUUCUCCACCUUAAAUCAAAGCCUCAUUGUAGCAGAUGUCUGAAAAAAACCCUUUGAGGACGAGGCUCAACAUACUCUUUAUUUAGCAUGCUUAAUAUCCCCUUCCCGGCACCUAUCUACCACGUAUAGAAACUGCCUUGCAUGAGGCAGAGGAUGCCUGAGCUAGAGGUCAGCAGCGAAGUAGCCAGUGGGUCCGCUCAGCUUUGCAUCACCGGUGUUGCUGCCAUCCAUAAGCUCCGGCAAAGUUCAUGAUUUGGGCUUUUCAACAGUCUUCUUAGGACUGUGCUUCUAGUUAAGAACAUGCAGUCAUGUUUUCCAGAGCCAAAAUAAAAAAUAAAAAACCAAUAAAAUAAAAAUAGACAUUUAUUAAUUUAUUAGACACUAAUAAUUUAUUUAAAAAUAAAAACCGAAUAGCAAAAUUUGUACCCCUGAUACUUGCUUCACAGAAAAUUAUUUACAGAAGCCAAUAAAGAGAUUUAAUUUUAUAGGAAACAUAUUUGUCAUAUUUGCCUCAGGUCAGCAUCAGGACAGAGACAUCUGGUUGCCACUGAAGUCAGUGGUGCCUACCUAUGUAUCGGGAGCUAUAGCUUACAUCAUACAUUUUUGAUUGAAAAAUUAAAUUCCUUUUAAUUUCUUGCAUCUCUGGAUCACAUUGGCUUACACAGUGCGUGUAGAUGCACUGUAAAUAACACAGUUCUUGAUGUGCCGUUAGUGCUUCAAAAUCUGAGCCAUCUUCAUUUAUAUGUGAAUCGUGUAAGAUAGACCUGAAUACAAGUGCCAUUUCCAUGGUAUCAAGAUCCCUGCAUCCCUGAACAGCAUUCGUGAUGGUCAUGAUAAGUUUCAUGUUUUUCUACUAUUACCUUAGCUCAGGAGUCCUGGGAAGUCUCUUUUAACUAAGUAGGGGUUUUUUUAAUUUUUUUUUUCCAUGACUCACUUUUUUCCCCCAGUCUUUUUUCUCUAUUAUUAUACCUAACAGCUUGUUCUUGUUUUAUAGCUCAGCUGGCAUGGCCUUUUCCAAUUAAAAAUAUAUUCUACACAGUAGUCGAUAUCUGUGUCUUUGUGUGAAUAUCCAGGAGCAUUAAUUUAAAAAAUUAAUGUCCAAAUAUCCUUCUUGGCAAGAAGUUCUAGUCCCUUCAGAGAGCACGAAGCUCUCCUAUCGAGUGGGAGCUUACUGAGGAGACGUUUCAAUUUUAUUAAACAAGCUAUUUCUUCAGUGCCUGUGAAUUUCAGAGACCACCUGAUUUACAUGUAAAAAUAAAUAAAUAGAGCUUUUUCCCUACCUCAUUCUUUUUCCCCCAAGUGGUGUUUUGCAUAAGACUGGGGUUUUCAGGUCUUUUAGAGUCAACCGUAUUACUAAGUUUUAGUGAUAUAAAAAAUAACAGUGCUAUACUUUAACAUUUAUUUGUAAUUAUAUAGACAAGCUCUAAGUCUCUAUGUGGAUAAUGCCUUUGGAAUUCCUCCUUAGCACUGACAGUUUUAUCCGGCAGACCUGUAGUCAUUAAACCCAAAACAUCGAAUGAGCCUUCUGUUUGUGAAAACUAACACAAUUGGGAGCACUCUGACAAGCAGUAACCUAUAAGAACUGUAGUAUUUCUACCCCUGGGUUAUUUGUUUCCCUACAAAAUCCACAAAGCUGACAUUUGCCGUAGGAUGAAAUCUGGUAGGUUAAUAGUGAUGCUAUAUAAGUAGUUCUGCCCAGUAAUAUUCAUCACGAUAUUCAGUUGUACGAAGUAAGGCUGUGGGUCAAACGCUUCAUGACAACUCAGCUCUGUAAGAACUGCUCGCUCCAGAAGGAAAUCAAGAUCUCCUUUGAUAGUUUAUUUCCUUGAAAUGCACACUGCUGGUAGUAUGUCCAGGACUUUAGUCAGAGCAGGAAAGAUUACUGCUGGAUCUCGUAUUAGACAUUAGUUGCCUUCAGCAAAAUUGUGACUGAGAGCAGCCCUGCACUCUGGGAUUGGAGCUUCUGAUAAAAAAACCCUGACUUUAUCUGCCUGUCCAGUGUCUCUGUGUAUUCAAAGGUGCCCCAAGAAAUGCUAUAAGAAAUGGAGCUUAUAUAGGCACUGGUC